GGGGGGUGGUUAUGUAAGCUCAUACUCUACAGUAUAUAUAGGACUGAGAGGCAGCGAAGAAAAACAGAUCUCCUGUUCUGUCCUCUUCUUCGUACAACCACUUACUUUACAAUUCUUGAUACUGACACUGCUCAGCGGUAGCCAUGACGACCAUGCUGCUGAGAGCGCUAGGAGCACUGCUCUGCUCCUUGGUUGUCACCGCUGAGGUUCUGCCCCAAGGAGACUUCAAUCUACAGGGGGUUGCAGGAAAGUGGUACCUGAUUGGAUUUGCUACUAAUGCCCAGUGGUUUGUCAGCCACAGGGCCGGCAUGAAGAUGGGCACCGCCAUGCUGACACCAACUGUUGAAGGCGACCUGGACAUGGCAUAUGCUAGUCUGAACACUGAUGGCUCCUGCUGGAGAAUGAACCACCUGGCUGAGAAGACAAACCUUCCUGGGAAAUUCAUCUUCAAGAGCCAGCGCUGGAAUAAUGAAAAUGACAUGCGUGUCGUUGAUGUUAAGUAUGAUGAGUACGCCCUCAUUCACACCAUCAAGACCAAGGGAGGUGUUUCAACUGUGCUCAACAAACUGUAUGCCCGCGGGACAGACCUGAGCCCUGACCUGCUGCAGAAGUUUAAGCAGUUCUCCCUGGACACUGGCAUUCUGCCUGAGAACAUUGCUAUCCUCCCCAAAAACGAUGAGUGUCCCGCUGCGUAAUAUCAUCAAUGCUCAUCCCUUCCAAAGCGUCCUCCCUUGAUCCUUCUGCAUGGCUUUGCUACUUGAUGGGUAGGCAGACACAUGGCAACUGUGGCAACCAGGAACCACCUUUAGCUGCAGUGACCCAUCUGGUUCCGCCUUAACCUGCAGCUACGCUACAUUACCCACUGAAGCCUAGUUUUCCACUUCCCUGAUUUGUUCCAAUAAAAUGCUGUCUGGUGCUUUA